AUGGUAAAGAAAGCUAUCGGGAAAUGGCAGAUCUAUAUUGAUUUCACAGACCUCAACCGAGCCUGCCCCAAGGACAGUUUUCCUUUGCCGAGGAUAGACCACCUUGUUGACGCCACUACAGGGUACGAAUUACUCAGCUUCAUGGAUGCCUUCUUCGGAUAUAACCAAAUAAAGAUGUACCCGGACAAUGAGGAGAAGACCUCGUUCAUCACUGAGCACGACACAUAUUGCAACCAAGUGAUGCCCUUUGGUCUCAAAAAUGUUGGGGCCACCUACCAAUGCCUUGUCAACAAGGAGUUUAAAGAUCAGAUGGGGAGGAACGUCGAAGCCUAUGUGGAUGACAUGGUAGUAAAAAUCCUGAAAGUCGAGACCCAUAUCUCGGACCUAGCCGAGACCUUUGACACCUUGUGGAGGUACAACAUGAAGCUUAACCCCAACAAGUGUGCUUUGGCGUCACAUCAGGCAAAUUUUUGGGCUUCGUCGUCACUUAGAGAGGCAUUGAGGUUAACCCCGAGAAAAUACAAGCCAUACUGA